UCCAUUUUCUGCUGUCACCGCCUGCGGGGAACCGCGGGAAGCGCGGCGCCUGCGGGCGGGGCCCUCGGCCUCCGGGAACGGCCGGGUGUACGGGAGACAGAUUGCCGUAGCAGCCUGCGGGCGGCCCGGCGGACUGGCGUGUGGGCCGGCCUCUCAACCGGGCUCGUCCUGGUCACGCCGGGUGGUAAAGUAACCGUAGCCAAAACCUUGCCUUAAAAUGGCUCCUUAACCGGCUGGUGCUGGUGCGGUCAAGUUUUCGAGGCACGUAAGCGAACGCUGCGGAACGGCCGCUGAGUCUGUGACCCGGCGUUGGGGUCGGAGCUACUAAAACUUUCCAUUUCAGAAAUAUCAGCAUGGAUAAAAAUGAGCUGGUGCAGAAGGCCAAACUGGCUGAGCAGGCUGAAAGAUAUGAUGACAUGGCAAGUUGCAUGAAGUCUGUGACUGAGCAAGGAGCUGAGUUGACCAACGAAGAGAGGAAUCUUCUCUCUGUUGCCUAUAAAAAUGUUGUAGGAGCCCGUAGGUCGUCUUGGAGAGUCGUCUCAAGUAUUGAACAAAAGACGGAAGGUGCUGAGAAAAAACAGCAAAUGGCUCGAGAAUACAGAGAGAAGAUUGAGACUGAGCUAAGAGACAUCUGCAAUGAUGUGCUGUCUCUGUUGGAAAAGUUCUUGAUCCCUAAUGCUUCACAAGCAGAAAGUAAAGUUUUCUAUUUGAAAAUGAAAGGAGACUACUACCGUUACUUGGCUGAGGUUGCUGCUGGAGAUGACAAGAAAGGGAUAGUGGAGCAAUCACAACAAGCAUAUCAAGAAGCUUUUGAAAUCAGUAAAAAGGAGAUGCAGCCAACACAUCCUAUCAGAUUAGGUCUGGCUCUAAACUUCUCUGUGUUUUAUUACGAGAUUCUUAACUCCCCGGAGAAAGCCUGUUCCCUUGCAAAAACGGCUUUUGAUGAAGCAAUUGCUGAACUUGAUACAUUAAGUGAAGAGUCAUACAAAGACAGCACGCUAAUAAUGCAGUUACUGAGAGACAACUUGACAUUGUGGACAUCGGAUACCCAAGGAGAUGAAGCUGAAGCAGGAGAAGGAGGGGAGAAUUAACCAGCCUUCCAACUUCCAUCUGCCUCAUUCUGAAAUUUACACAGUAGACCAUUGUCAUCCAUGCUGUCCCACAAAUAGUUUUUGUUUACGAUUUGACAGGUUUAUGUUACUUCUAUUUGGAUUUCUAUAUUUCCCAUGUGGUUUUGUUUAAUAUUAGGGGAAUAGAGCCAGUUAACAUUUGGGGAACUUAUCUGUUUUCAUCUGAGGUGGCCAAUAUAGGGUUGUGAAAUUUUUAUACAAGUUAUACAUGUUUGGCAUAGUACUUUUGGUACGUUGUGGCUUCCCACAAGGCCAGUGUUAAAACAGCUUUCUAUGUCAAGCAAAGAUGAGUGCUUGCAUAUUGGUCUGUCAUGAUGGAAAAAAGGGAUCAUCAGUUGCAGCCACAGGUGUAGUUAGUGUGAGUAUUCACACUGGAGCACACAUGGCUGUGAAUAAACUGAUGUCCCAUAGAUAUUGCAUGUCAAGUCAACAUGUGAAAUCUGUGGAAUGUACCAAUCAAGUGUACAUCUUUGAUUGCAGCUGAAGUGUUCCUUAAGACAGUUUGAUAACCCAGUCAGCUUUCUCUAGAGAAGGGCAGAGAAACAGUUCACAUUCCAUUAUUUGUAAAGUUACCUGCUGUUGCUUUCAUUAUUUUUGCUACACAUUUUAUUUGUAUUUAAAUGGUUUAAGCAACCUAAGAACAAAUGUACAAGUAAAGAUGCAGUAAAAAAUGAAUUGCUUGGUAUCCAUAAUGACACUGUAUAUCGAGCACAGCAGUAAAACAAAAACCCAUGUAUUUAACUUUUUUAGGUUUUUUGCUUUUGUGAUUUUUUUUUUUUGAUACUUGCCUAACAUGCAUGUGCUGUAAAAAUAGUUAACAGGGAAAUAACUUGAGAUGAUGGCUAGCUUUGUUUAAUGUCUUAUGAAAUUUUCAUGAACAAUCCAAGCAUAACUGUUCAGAACAUGUGUAUUAAGUUGAUGUAAGUGGAAUAAAAGUUUUAUGAAUGGACUUUUCAACUA